CAGUAAAACCUAUUAUCAAAGCGAGCAGUGAAGAAGAGAUUUGAGAAGACGAAUGUGAGCAAAUCAAAGAGGACUGGUAUCAUGCUUCGAAGAGCGAUUAUUGGAUUCUUAGUCGUCGGAUUUCUCUUCAUUGCUUUCUCAAUCUCUCAGAAGCGAAAAGCUCAGGGGGGAUUUGAAGCGGAAAAAAUUCAUGAAAUCACACACAGAGUUUACUUGGAUGUUGAUAUUGAUGGACAACAUAUAGGUAGAAUAGUUAUUGGGUUAUACGGACAGGUGGUUCCGAAGACCGUGGAAAAUUUCAGGGCCCUUUGCACAGGUGAAAAGGGCAAGGGGAUAUCAGGAAAAGCACUACAUUACAAGGGGACUUCAUUUCACCGAAUAAUUUCUGGUUUUAUGAUUCAAGGCGGUGAUAUUUCUCAUAAGGAUGGAAAGGGUGGAGAGUCAAUAUACGGUGGCACUUUUCCAGAUGAGAACUUCAUUAUAAAGCAUUCACAUGCGGGUACGGUGUCCAUGGUAAACUCGGGGCCCAAUUCCAAUGGUUCCCAAUUCUUCAUAACUACAGUCAAAACAUUUUGGCUGGAUGGAGAGCAUGUUGUUUUUGGAAAAGUGAUUCAAGGUAUGGACACAGUUUAUGCAAUCGAAGGUGGAGCAGGAACAUACAAUGGAAACCCCAGGAAAAAGGUAAUUAUUACCGAUUCAGGAGAGAUACCCAAGGCCGAGUGGGGUCAAGACGAGGAAGUAUGACCUAAAAGAAAGCAUGUUGCUUGCGUAAAUGAAGAUACCCUUGCUUUAUACUUAGAGAUAUAUAGUCCAAUUUUCAAUUUGAAUUCUCAGGGGAUACUUCUUGUGGUAGGUCUUAUUUGUAUAAAUGAUAAGUUGUAUCAUGUACUUCAUAUAUGGAUUCUGUUAUAUUUCCAUUAACUUUUAACAGGAUGAAUUUGUAGGGAGCGACUUGCUGUAAUAAUCUCAACGCACUUAUGUAACUAUAUGAUAUGUCAUCAAUUUGAUUUUGGACGAUCACACAUUUUGAUU